AUGGCAGCGUUUUCUCUGAAUAUACAGAAACACGUGGAGUCUGGCCUCGUAGCCUGCGGCAAAUUCGAUGGCUCCCACGCUUGUUUAGCGGUGGCAACGUUUGGCGGUAACAUACUCGUGCACAGCCCUCACAGGCAACCGCAAAUAAAGGGUCAGGAUCACGAACAAUCUGAUAGAAAGUUGUCUUGGAGCGGGGAACUGGCGGAACUUCAAAUAGGGGCGGAGAUUACGGCCCUGUGCACUGGUCGGCUUAAUGAAGAUGAGAGGGAUGUUCUCUUAAUUGGUACUGCGACGCACGUUCUGGCCUACCAUAUCGAGGAUAACGCCGAUAUGUUCUACAAGGAGAUGUCAGACGGUGCCAGAUGCAUCAUGAUUAGUAAACUGGGCUGGCUUCCCAACCAAGUUGCGAUCGUCGGUGGCAAUUGUUCAGUGACGAUCUUGGACCAACAUGGCACGGAAAUAUUUUGGACAGUAGUGGAAGGCACUGUCAGCUCCUUAGCUGUCUUUGACUUCGACGGGGACAACGAGAACGAACUGGUCACUGGUACCGACGACUUCGAAAUAAAGGUGUACAAAGAGGACAAUGUACUUUGGGAGGCUAAGGAGACGGCUCCAGUCACUACCUUAACCGGAUUCCCCGAUAGGAGGUUCGUGUACUCGGUUGGGAAUGGGACCCUGGGUGUUUACGAAAUGGGCCAGAGACUUUGGCGCGUUAAAUCGAAACACAGGGUGGUAGUCACAAGGAGCUUUGACGUUAAUGGAGAUGGCACGCCGGAGGUUAUAACCGGGUGGAACAAUGGGAAAGUGGACGCAAGAUCGUCCAAUAACGGCGAAGUGAUCUUCAAAAUUCAAUUAUCGUCCGGAGUGGCUGGAAUCGUGGAAGCUGAUUACAGGAGGUUUGGCAAACCCGACUUGGUCGUAGUGUCCACCACCGGUGAAGUACGGGGCUAUGGCGCUGGUUCCACAAUGGACACUCCAGAACCGGGCGAGGCGAUGCGCGAAUUGCUGGCUAAGAAACAAGCAUUGCAGAUGGAGCUACGACAAAGGGCAGCGUCCGUUCCUAACAUGUACCAUCGAACGAAAUUGGCAGUCAGCUUAAUGACAGCUAACGGUGCUGCACGAGUAGCCCUAGCAUCAGGACCAGGACUUCUAAUCCACUGCGCAAUAGUCUUCACCGAAGGCGUGUUCGAAGGCGAGACUCUGGUCAUUCAUCCUAUCAAACCGAGGGGGGAACUCGAAAUAGAGCUUCGUCCCGCCAAAAACGCCCCUGUGGACAUGCACGUGAAAGUGUGCGUUGGUCCAGCUGGCGCAGACUUGAUGCAGGUGUUCGAGAUGACGCGCCAGUUGCCCAGGUUUUGCAUGUACGAGGUCAUCGAUAAGCCAGGGCAGAUAGCGGAGGAUUUUAUGAAAAACGGUGUUACGGCUGAGUUUGCAGAGAGGUCUCAAAGGAUCGCCCUCUGGUUGAACCAAAGUUUCAUACUGCCGAAAGAAUUCGAAGUUAAGGACGACGGACCCAACAGCGGAGGCAUCGAGCUGUGGCUUCGUGGGAUGAGGGACCAAAAAGUUCACUGCUUCAUGGCAGAUCCAGCCGGAAAGGUGACUAUUCAAACAGAAGACUCCGUGUUCGCGGGUGACAUCAUCCAAUCGUUGGCCAUGUACUUGGGCCUCAGAGAGCUGUCCUCGGAAGUCACGUUCCCGGCGGAAGAGAGCAAGAUGCUGGACGCGUUGGAACGCGUCAAAGACUUGAAAGAAAUCGACAUAAGGCUGCAGGCAGAGGCGGCCAGCGAAACCACUCUGUUGAAAAGCAUCAUAAUUCGUUUAGAGGACGCGAGGAUUCUUGAAAACGUCGAGGAGAUGAGGAAGAGGUUGGUGCAACUGAAGAACGUCAACGUGGACUUGGUCAGGGAGCACGAGAUCAGAAUGAAAAGUUACAGAGACCUAACCGCGAACCUGAAGGAGUUGAAUCUCGGAGUGCAGAGGGCAGCGAGAUUAAGAGUUGGCAACAGUGCAUCGAACACAGUGGCGCACUGCAGGACUGCGAUCCAGGACCAAAAUCCAAAAGCUCUCGCUCUUGCAAUAAGACACGGCUGA